AGGUGUGGUCCUGCUCCUGAUACUCAGCUAAAAUUUUAUCUCUAUUUAACAGCAAACUAUGAAAGUUCUCAAUUCAACAUCAUCAAAGUGUAUAAAUGUGUUCUGUAAUUAACAGCAGACACUUUGAGGUGUUAGUCAGAGAAGACUGAGAUCAACUGAAGACUGAAGCUUUUUGUAGUGAGAGAGUGAAAGUAAAAGAGCAGCUCAGAAUUCCACUGGAAUCAGGCCAAGAACUGAUAAUGAAUCUUUAACUACAGCCUGUAACAGUAAUAAAAGCACAUCUUAUCCUGCAACCUACUUAAAUACAUGGUGGUGAGAUUAACAAAAAGUAGUUCACAGAUUUAUGAGUUCAAACUGCUGCUGAUUUCAAACUUAAUUCCAGUUGUAGUAACUUAAUGAAACUGUCUCCAAAACUUCAUUUCUCUUUGACUUCAGGAUUUCAAGUUUCCUCCUUUAUCUGAACAAACCUGGACAGUUUCAGGCAUUUAAGACAGGAAACAGAAAAUACAUUUGAUUGUAGCAGUAAAGUUAAUUCCUGUAACUUAAUGUAGUUUCCUUGUUAAACAUAAUUUCAUUAGAAGUCGUUAAAUCUCAAAGAGACUGAGGCAAACUAUUGUAAUUUUGAAUACAACUGUCAAAGGUCAUUAAAAUAAAUAAAUAAAUAAAAGGUCUUAACAGAUACAAAUGAAGUGUUUUAUGGUUUGGAUUAUUUGUGCUUAAAGCUUCAUUGAACUUGGUAAAACUGAAACAGUCCUUAUGGUUGGUUUCUUACAGACUUGUGGGAGGAUCUGCAGAGGGGUUGAGGAUUUCAACACUUCAGUUCAGCACUUUGUCCUGUCUGAACGUAUUGUGUUGCUGUCAUCAUGCUUUUAUUAUUUUAAAACGAAUAUAAUGUUUGGGAUAGACUGCAGCCCCCCACGACCCUAAUGAGGAUUAAGUGGUGUAGAUAAUGGAUGGAUUGUUGUCAUAUUUCCAAUGGUCCUUGAACUACUCACAGCGCGGUGACGGAAAUGUUUUAUCACAUCGACGAUAUUUUCCUGCAUCUACAACUCAACAAAUCCCAAUUCUCAGUGAGGUGGUGUCUUCAGAUCAAGAACAACUACAACUUUCAGCCUUACGAAAUGAUUUGGAGAAGAAAACUUUUGACGCCUGCAACGUUUUUGAUCUUUAUGAUGAACAUCUUCAGUGGUCAAACCCUCACAUGUCAUCCAACAGAAUAUCAGACAGAGAAUGAAUGCUGUCCACUGUGUCUUCCUGGACGGCAUGUUCAAAGAGACUGCUUCAAAGAAAGGGUUACUUCCUGCCGGCGUUGCAGAAAUGGAACCUUCAUGGAUAAACCAACUGGACAUAAAGAGUGCUAUCCCUGUACAAACUGUGAUGCAGGUUUGGUUCUAAAGGUAAAGACAUCAUGUACAACAACAUCAGAUGCAGUUUGUGAACCAUUGGAUGGAUUCUACUGUAUUGAUGUUACAGAGAACAACUGUGUAGCAGCACAGAAACACAGAAUUUGUCAUCCAGGACAAUACAUCAAACAAGCAGGAACAGCCUCCACAGACACUGUGUGCUCUGACUGCAGUGCUGGAACAUUUUCAAAUGGAACAUUUACAUCUUGUCAGCCACAUUUUCAAUGUGAAUCAGUAAACCUUCAGCUGAUAAAAGCAGGAAAUGCUUCUACUGAUGCUGAAUGUGGAGAAAAAAGUUCAAAUGUCACAGUAGCUGUGAUCAUCAUCUGUGUUUUACUUUUAGUUUUUUUAUUCAUAACUGCUGGAUUAGUUUAUUGGUUUUACUUCAGAAAGAAGAAAAUGUGUUUAAGAUCAGAAAAAAACACAAGUUCAGUCGUUCUCAGUCAAGAAAAUGCAGAUGAAGAAGAAUCAUCAGAGCCACUGAAAACAAUACCAUAAGACUAAAACCACCUGCAGGACAACAGGUAGGACUCAGUGUCCUGCAGAGUAAAUGUGCUUCAGAGUCCAGUUUUAAUCCAUCUGGAUGCUGACACAUCAUCUUUGCAGUGGACUGAAGUAAAACAACAGUUUCCUGUUUCCUGCUGGAUCUUUAUCUGACUGAACAGAAAACAAAGUUUCUCUGGAAUACAACAGAUGGAAGAUAAAUUUAAAGACUCACUGACUCCAUUGAUCUUCUGCUCACAGUUGGAGCAACUUCAGACUGAAACUGGACUUUAAAUGAGGACAAACUGCUGGAACAGAAGAUAAUGUGUCCUUUUCUGCAGCAUGAUGGACUAAUGGCUGCCAUGAAGUGGAAGAUUUUAUAAACCACUGACCGUUUUAUGAAGCUGCACAGGUGGUAAAUCUAAACUGAUGCAGUCCUGAAUUUGACAUUUUUCUUUGGAAAAUUAAUAUGAAAAGACAAUUACAUACUUUCAGCUUUAUUUGUCUCGGGCUGCUGUGGAUCUUCAACCUGUGUUUCCUUCAGCUGAGUGUCUUAUCUAUCAUUCCACAUCUGUACACGUCAAAGUGAAAGCAGCCUGUAUAGGAUCUUUAUUUUUUAGCUUUAAUGUACAUUUGCAUUUAUUGCCUCAUUUGUGUCCAGCUGCUCUAACGUGAAUUUCUCCUGUAAUAUCUGACGUUCAUAGUGGAACUUCACAGCUCAGAUCCAGCUUCAAAUAAAAGUAGAAACAUGA